ACCGCCGCGCGGUGUCGCCCCGGAGAAUCCCCGUAGACGACAUUCUCGGCUUGCUCUCUCGGGGGCACAUAACCCCCCUCGGUGUGCCCGAGCAGUAAAACUCGUUUGACGAGCGACGAAUUUCGCCGGCCCCUCGUCGUUCUCCCGCGGUGCUCUCGUAUGCACGCUCGUGCCCGCGUUCUCACGUUGGUCCGCGUUUCAUUCUCGCGCGACGUCCACUGUGAUGAACUGUUGUUGUUUACCCGCGAUCCAUAACCUACCUGCAACUGUGACUAAGGAGUCCCAGUGUCUAGCUUGUUAUUUCUGAUGAAACGUGGCCCCAUGCACGUGAUACGGACAACAUUUGCCGUCUCUCUUGGUCACUGACGUUUGCAGGUGUUUUUGCGUAAACUGCUUGUCUCACCAAUUGUUCUUCGCAAAUUUCCAGUGAUAUGAAGAAGGAAAAGCCGUGACAGAGGAAAUUUCAAGCCAAAAGUAGCCCCGGUGAAUGCAGGAACAUGCCUUCAGCUACCGUAAGGAGAAAUAAAAGAAGUACAAAUUCUCAAUCAGUAAUAAAAACUACUGUACUGAUCUUCAUUUUCUUGCGACUGGAAAGUAAGAAACAUCUCAGGUGGGACCAACCAAAUUGGGCAACAGAAGGGAGGGGGGACUAUGCCCAUUAAUGAAGAAUGUGGAAUCAGAGAUGUAUGGGGACACAAUUUAGAAGAAGAGUUUCGUACAAUUCGUCAAGUUGUACAACAAUAUCAGUAUAUUGCAAUGGAUACAGAAUUUCCGGGUGUUGUAGCUAGGCCUAUUGGAGAAUUCAGAACUAACGCCGACUAUCAAUAUCAGCUAUUACGUUGCAAUGUAGAUCUUCUGCGAAUAAUUCAACUUGGUCUCACAUUUCUUGAUGAGUCGGGGAAUACGCCAGGCGGUAGCUAUACAACAUGGCAGUUUAAUUUUAAAUUCAACUUACAUGAAGACAUGUAUGCACAGGAUAGUAUAGAUAUGCUACAAAAUAGUGGUAUACAGUUCAAGAAACAUGAAGAGGAAGGCAUUGAUCCUUUAGAGUUUGCUGAACUGUUAAUGACAUCGGGAAUUGUUCUUGUUGAUGACAUAAAAUGGCUAUCUUUUCAUUCUGGCUACGAUUUUGGUUACUUAUUGAAACUCCUCACGGAUCAAAAAUUACCACAGGAGGAAAGUGAAUUCUUCGAGCUUCUUAGGAUAUACUUUCCAACGAUAUAUGAUGUAAAAUACUUAAUGAAAUCGUGCAAGAACCUGAAAGGCGGUUUACAAGAAGUGGCAGAACAACUGGAAAUUCAGAGAGUGGGUCCUCAACAUCAAGCCGGCUCCGAUUCCCUUCUUACUGGAAUGGUCUUUUUUAAAAUGCGAGAAAUGUUUUUCGAAGAUAAUAUUGAUGAUGUAAAGUACUGUGGACAUCUAUAUGGUCUGGGAACGUCAUUUGUCAUGAACGGAUCUAGCACAUAUAUGGACAGUAAUGGAGAUAACGCCUCGACAUCGUAAUGUUAAAGAAAGAAUCAAUCGUAACAGAGAGAUUAUUUCAUUACAAAUAAAAUGUUAUACAAAAGUCUUUUCACUUAAUGAUGAAGUGUAUGGUUCAUAUCCGGAAUAUUAUAUUGACAUCAUUGUUGUAGGUCUCCACACGAAGAGCAAUUAGACAUGUGUCUUUAAGAUCUCUCUUCUUUUUUUAAUUCUUUUGAAUUCUUUCUGUGACUCUCUUUUGUAGAUUUCUUCUGUGAUACGUACUAUCCAAUUGAAAAGAUUUAAAACACUGAACAACAUAAAAAAAUGUAAUAUAAUUUUUUUGUAAACAAUUUGGACAAUAUUGAUAUAUAAGAUACCGUCACAGUACAAAAAUUCCAUAAUUUUCCCUAUUUUUAAGAUCUUUGCAGGUAUACAUAUCUAACUACUUGAAUGAUGCAUAAAGAAAACGAGAAAGUUGCUUAACAUACCCGAACCGAACAUAAUUUACAUCCAAAUGUAUUGGUAAUGUUUAGUACGUUCGACAUUCACAAGAACAUUUCACGUAACACGAGUGGCGGAUAUUUUCUGUUGCAAACAUGGAGCAGGUGCACGUCCCAUUAUUGUAUUAUACGAUUAAUAAUAUAAUGGAAAUAUAUAUUUCUCCCUCUUGAAUAUUGUAAAAAUAUUUGACCAUUGAACACGAACUCGUUGAACAUUACUAAUACAUUUUGUACAUGCCACACUAUGCAGACGUAUCUGUACUGUUGAUAUGUAUAUUUAUUCUAUGAUGCAUUUGUAACGGGAUACAUUUUAAACCCGAAAAAAAGAUCGUAUACACAUUUUACAAAACUGCAAUAGAGGGAAGUACACAUGUUUUUUAGGUUGUCCGCGUUUUUAGGUUGAACCAUAUAAAAUAUUGAUAUACAAGAGCAUCAUACGUUUUUAUUAUGCGUAUAACGGAUACCGUAAAUGAUGCGUUCGUGUAAAAUAAAAAGUAUUAGUAAUACGAUUUUAAAGAUGAAGUAGCCUUCAUAUGAUAUUUGCUAUAUUAUACUGCACGUGUUUUAUUGUAAAACCUGUCGCCCGCAAGAAUGCAAGAAAGAAAAAAAGAUUUUGGUACAUUUUCGAACUGAUCGUACUAAAAAUAUCUGCUUUGUAAAUAUUACAGUUGCAAAGGUCGAAUAAAUAAUUUGCCUCUAAAA